CUCUCGCAGUUUAUUAACUUCAAGCGCCGAUUUUCAAUACCGCCAGAGCCCUUCAUCCCCUCCAUAUCAACACAGUUGAUGAGACGAUAUAGAGGCCCCAGAUGUCUUCCUCAUCUAUAGUCGAAUUGGCUCUCUUAAAUUACCUGCAGAAUGUCUACAGCUCCAACAUGAAACUGCCUUACAACCGUCUCAAGCCCUGUGGUCGAGUAUUGUUCGCCGCAAAGGGGGGGAAGAUCCAUUCAUUCAGUUUACACGACGGUUCGCACAUCUCAACAUGGAAGCACCCAGACGUCGAGAGGCUGGUUGAAGCUCAGGCUCAGUCUCAACCCGAAGCUGAGUCUAACCUGAGUGCAGUGGCUGCAACUCUCACCUCUGCCCAGGAGGAGGACUAUGAGGAAUCGGAUGAUAAUAACGGGCCUCCUGCUAAGAGACAGAGGCUUACCGACGACCUUGAGCCUGGCCAGAGCAAGGACGAUGACAACACUGUCAUGGAUAUGGAUGAGCCGGCGAGUGGGGAUGAGUCUAAGGAGACCGGUCCCAAAAGCAGGAGACAGAAGAAGAGGGCGAGAAGAGAUCGGAAGACGGGUCCCAAUCUCAGACACGGCUACGGCAAGGUCCCAGAUCAACCCAUCAUCACCCAGAUGGCGGUUACAAGCACUGGUAGUCACCUCCUAGCCACCUCUGGACACGACAAGACUAUUUGGGUCUUCGAGCACGACGGCAACGGAACUCUCACCCAGCUCAGCCAGAGGCCCAUGCCUAAGCGCCCAAACGCUGUCCUCAUAAGCGUAGACAACAAGACCAUCCUUUGCGGCGAUAAGUUCGGCGACGUAUACACUCUCCCCCUGCUUGCAUCACUGGACGGCUCCACCGAGAACACCCUUUCCUCCCGCUCUACUCCCGCUCCCUCUGCCAACAAGGCAUGGAAGCCCGAAGCCACCAAUUUCACCGUCCACUCGCAGCGUAACCUCAAGGCCCUGGAGCAGCAGCGCCUCUGGGCCGCAAAAGCCGACCAGGAGGCCCGGGAGGGCAUCCAUUCCGACAGGCCGACCUUCGAGCACAACCUGGUCAUAGGCCACGUUUCUCUCCUCACGGCCAUGUGCCUGGCUCAGAGUGAAGGACGCCGUUACAUCAUCACCGCCGACAGGGACGAGCACAUCCGUGUGUCGCGGUACAUGCCGCAGACGCACGUCAUCGAGGGCUUCUGCUUGGGCCACAAGCACUUCGUCACCGGCCUCGCUAUUCCGCCUGCGCGCCCGGACCUGCUCAUCUCCGGAGGCGGUGAUGACGAGCUUUUCGUGUGGGACUGGGAACGGGGCCGGCUGCUCGGGAAGUUCGACUUGCUGGGACGUGCAAAGCGUGUAGCACCCAGAGCUUCGAAAAUUGCUGUCUCUCAUGUCUCCUCCACGACAGUCCAGUAUGAUGGCAAGGAGACACCAUUCGUCUUUGCCAUCUGCGAAGACGUUCCGUAUAUUUUCGUUCUCCGAAUCGCCGACGACUCGUCACUUGUCCAUGUGCAGACCUAUCUUUGUCCCGGUACACCACUUGACCUGACUCAUGUGUACACCGAGCAAGGAGCGCUCUCAAAGCUCCUCGUGGCUCUGGACAUAACCGGCAUGGUGACUACGACCCCGCGCAUCAUGUCGCUCGUCUGGCGCCAGGGUUCCUUUGGUGUCGAUAUCCUGUUCGAAGUCGAGGAUAGCGGAUUAUACGCCGAUGAGGCAGACGUCUCUGAAGACGAUGUCCGGGCGCUGCUUUACAAUGUAGAAGAUCUGCGCAAGCAAUCUCUGGACAGCAAUGGCGAUGAAAGAGGCGCUGAAGAAGAACAAGGUAUGGCACCAUCAGUAGGUACUGAAGCAGACAGACCAGGCCACGAAUAGCGCAAUAUAGUAAACUCGUUUGGAGAAACACGGUGCGGUAGGUGAAAGGUUAAAGAAAACCAGAUACUAAAAAAAGAAGUUCAUAUCACA